AUGUAUAAAGCCUACCUAGAAGACUUAGACGCAAUAAAGGCUGAAAUGCGCAGAAGUCUGUUGAAUAAGAAUAUUGGAAGAAAAACAAAGGAAAUAGAAGAAGACAACGAUGAUCACCAAGACAGAACUUACUGGAAUACAGAAUUUCCGGAACAUGUUCCUGAAUUUACAAGAAAUAUUAUACAUACUAUUAUGGAAAACAUUUGUAGAAAAGAUAAAAGAGGUUAUAGAUAUGGAGGUGAAAGUGAAUUGGUAGAUUUGGCAUUCUUAAUACAUAGCAAAUCACCAGCAGCAUAUGAUGUUCUCUUGGAAUUUUGUUUACCUUUUCCUACGCCUGUAACAUUGUACAAUAGGUUUCAUGAAGACAUAAUGAAUAUGAAACAGUUUGUUAAACAUGCUGAGCUCAUUCCGCGAAUGUUAGAAAGCAUGAACUAUCACGUAGAAAAUACACCUGAAUAUGAAUGGGCAAUAGCAAUAGAUGCAGUUGCACUCUCUACCUGGUCCUCUAAAGACCAAAAAGGUCCUGUUGAUGAAAAUGGAGAAGAAAUCAAAUACUUAUUCAUAUUUCUUGGUAUGCCCCUAAAUUUUGAUGCGCCAAAUGUUAUAUUACAUGUUAUAGAACAUGCCAAUGGGUUUGCAAGUGGAAUUAUCCACGAAAUUGAUGCAGCAAUCGAAGAAAUACGAAAGCACUUAAGAGUUAGAGUCAUCAUUACUGAUGGAGAUCCCGGAUAUGAUAAGCAUCAAGAUGAAUUUAUUAAUGAAAUUUUGCAAGGUAAUGAUCCCGAAGAAAUAUUUAAAAGAGCUACUGCUAUCUUAAAGAAAGGAGAUCAAGUUGUAUGGAUUAAUGAUCUCAUACAUAUGUCAAAACUUGAACGUACCAGAUUACUCGAUGCAACACUUAAGCUUUUAGUUCAUCCAUCUGAUCUGAAUACAAUUGUUGAUGUUAACAAGAUCAGAGAUGCAAUCGAAUUAGGUGAUGCUCUUAAUGAUACUUCACCUCUGGGAAGGAUAAAAGAUAAAUAUCCGAUCACAAUAUUUUCAAUUAGAGCUGUAAAGGCGCUUCUAGAAAAAAACUAUUAUAA